CACUCAGGCUCACACACUCACCCUCCUCCAGCCCCACUGCCCCCACCAUGGCCGCGCCCGCCCUGUCCACCUGCUCCGGCGACCUGAGCUACGGCAGCCGGGUCUGCCUGGCCGGUCCCUGUGACUCCUGCACCGGCUCCUCCUGGCAGGUGGACGACUGCCCAGAGAGCUGCUGCGAGCCCCCCUGCUGCGCCCCGACCCCCUGCCUGAGCCUCCUCUGCGCCCCAGCGAGCUGUGAGCCCUGCCCCUGCCCAUCUGCCUGCACCAGCUCCUGCACGGCCUUGUGCUGCCCGCAGUCUAGCUGCCAGCCCCCCUGCUGCACCUCCUCUCCCUGCCAGCAGGACUGCUGUGCGCCCCUCUACUGCAGGCCCGUGUGCUGCACGCCCGUGUGCUGCACACCUGUCUCCUGCAGGCCCGUGUGCUGCACACCUGUCUCCUGCAGGCCUGUGUGCUGCAGGCCCGUCUGCUGCAGGCCCGUGUGCUGUGAGCCCACCCUCUGCCACUCGUCCUGCUGCAGACCCUCCUCCUGUGUGUCCCUGCUCUGCCGCCCUGUGUGCAGACCCGCCUGCUGUGCCCCCGCCCCCUCCUGCCAGCCCAGCUGCUGCCGCCCGGCCUCAUGCGUGUCCCUGCUCUGCCGCCCCAGGUGCUCCCGCUUGGCCUGGUGUGUCCCCGACUCGGCCUAGAAGUCCUGCUGCUGACCGGGCCCGUCCCCCCGAGGGCCAGCCGGUCUCUAGGGUCCCUCAGCAGAGGGGCUGAGCUCAGCGAUACUAGCAUUUGGCGUCCUCCCGGAGUUUAACCCCCAGAAAGGACCUGGAGACCAUCUCCUCUGUGUCACCAAGAACAGGGACUCCACGUCCCCUGGGGUCUCUCAGGAGUUGCUGCCACGGUCAUCCCAGAACCUAAGCGCAGGCCUGAGUCGUGGAAGCGAGCCCUGUCUCUCCUAGCCCAGUCGCUUCUCCCAGCCCCGC